AUGACGAGCGUGAAGGUCGUGGUGGUGGGAGCAGGCGUGAUCGGGUUCUCCACCGCUGUCUGCAUCGCCGAGGCGCUUCCCUCCUGCUCGGUCACUCUGCUGUCGGAGAAGUUCAGCCCGGACACCACCAGUGAUGGAGCUGCAGGGAUCAUGUUUACCGGAGAGUUCCCAGAUAUUCCCCUGGAAAGACAAAGGCUCUGGUUCAAGGACAGCUUUGAUCACCUGUUGGCCAUCGCUCAAUCCCAACACUCCCCAGAGGCCGGAGUAAUGCUGAGCUCUGGCUGGCAAAUUUUCAAAGAGGCUCCGGCGGAUAAAUUUCCCUUCUGGUCAGAGUUUGUGAUCGGCUUCCGACUCAUGACUGACCGCGAGCUGAGACGGUUCCCAGAUCACACGUUUGGCCAAGCGUUCACCACCAUCAAAUGUGAAUGUGCCAGCUACCUGCCGUGGCUGGAGAACAGGUUCAAAAGAGCUGGAGGUCAAGUGCAGCAGAGGAAAGUCCACAAUCUCCAGGAAUUAAGCAAAAGCUACGACAUCAUUGUCAACUGCUCUGGUUUGGGCUCCAAGCAGCUGGUGGGGGACACCCAGGUCUACCCCGUAAGAGGCCAGGUCCUCAAGGUGGAGGCGCCCUGGCUGCAGCACUUCAUCCGAGACGGAGAUGGGAAGACUUACAUCUACCCCGGCAUACACGGCGCCACUGUCGGCGGCACGAGGCAGGAGGGGGACUGGCGACUAGAGGUGGACGAGGGAGACACCAAGAGCAUCCUGGAGCGCUGCGGCCGGCUGGAGCCGUCCCUCAGCAAAGCCAAAGUGCUCAGUGAGUGGGUGGGUCUGCGCCCGAGCAGGAGGAACCUGAGGCUGGAGAGGGAGGUGGUGCAGCUGCAGGGCCGCCAGGUACCAGUGAUCCACAACUAUGGCCACGGGGGCUGGGGAGUCACUCUGGCCUGGGGCACGGCCCUGGAUGCAAUGAGCCUGGUCCGACAGUGCCUCAGUGAAAAGCCUGCUCGAGCUAAACUGUGA